ACGGAUACCUCUGAUUUAGCGCGGUUGCUCUCUAAGCAGUGGGCGGCGCUUGACUAUUGAACUUGUUUCUGUUGUCUGCAGUGAUAUCAUAACACUGCAAUAUGAAGACGUGCUCAUAUGACCGCCACCCAUCUCCAUCCCUGGGCAAGUGACAGGUGCUGUAACUGUUGCAAAAGGUAGGCAUGGGGACUAAAAGGAAGAGGAAGGAUGUCAGCUGAGCUUCAUCAUCCCUCUCUGACUUCCAUCGCUGCCAGUGUCAGACUAAGAAAGACAGAAUGGCUCAGUCUGUGAGGAGGACGGAGACUCUAGGAGCCAUGGACCACAAGCCCCAGAGGGACAAGACCAGGACCAGCUACUUUGGCAAUGUUAAGACCAGGUUGGGCUCCAAACUGCCUGCUGGUGUCUCUCAGCCCUCUCAGUUCACCAAGCGGUCGUGGGAAACUGAGCCUCAGGCCCGAGUGAUGCAGGAGCCUACGCCCAGCAACCAGCGUCAGCACCAACCCACUGCGGGCCGUCCCCUCAACCACAUCCCCCACAUCAGAAACCCCAAACUGCGGCAGUACUACCUGCACGGAACUUCAUGGGAUUUAAACAACACCGCAGUGAAACAAGAGCAACUGAGUGGACCGUCAGAUGACAACACACGCAGCAGGGGUCUCCCUGGUGACACCGUGUUCAGCGUCUCAUCUCAGUUCAACAGCGGUGCUACACCUUUAGCAGAAGAGGGGAAAGUGGGUCACCGUCCCUCCCAUUCCUCCUCAGAACUGUCCUCCUCAUCUGCUACCCUCAUCCCCAGAGAGCAGCUGGUCGCCCUGAAGGGAAAAAAGACUCGAACCACUCCGGGAUCGACUCAACCAGAACUGGACUCUGAUCCUAAACCUGAAGAGGAGACUGAUCCGGACUCUUCCGAUACGCUCCCUGCUCAACCUCAGUCCCCCUCCCCAGAGGCAGAAUAUGACAAACUGCUGGAUGUGGAGGCGGUACCGAUGCCUGAUGGACAGCUCUGCUUGUUGGCUCUCCCACCUGAGUGCUGUCAGGGGGAGGGGCCAGAGGCCAUGCCGUACCUCAAGUUGUUCUGCCGCUACAUCACUGAUCGCAAGGGUGUAGUUUCAGGUAUCCUGCUGGUGACAUCCAAUAAAAUCUUCUUUGAUCCAUGUAAGACACAUCCUCUUGUGAAGGAACACGGCUGCGAGGAGUAUCUCCUGUCUUGCUCCGUUGACAAUCUGGCAUCUGUCUCCUUCUUCUCCGACAUCUCACAUGUUCACUUCAACUCCUCCCAGCAGAGGAGAAAAGGAAAGAAAAUUUUCCAGAAGUUGAAAACUGCCAAAAGCCGAGGAGGUGGCUUCCCAGACCACAAGGGGGAGUCGGUCCCGGCUCUGGUGUCUGCAGCUCCAUCAGAUCUGUCCAGUCUGGCUCUGAGCCUGACCAAGGAGGUUUCUGAGAAUGAGGAGGCAGAGAGCAGGGACAUGACGGAGGCAGAGCGGGAGCUUGACAGCAGCCCGCUGGAGGUGUUGUCAGAGGCGUCUGUAGGAGCUCUGGGAGUGGCCUUCUGCUGUGGAGGUCAAGAGGCGGCGAGUAACGUAAAGACGGAGCUGCUGCACACUGAUGAAGCAGAGAAGUCUUCUGUGAAAAGUCAGACUGCAGUACCUCGGAGGUCAUCAUCAGGUAGUGCCGGGAGUCUGAUGUUUGUGCGGCUGCGGGUUCAGUCGUCUGCUGGAAAGAAAAAGAGUGGAGGACUUCACCUGGGGAUAGCCAAAACGUUACACAGAAGGGAUGCCUGGCUUGCCCUUUCACAAGAGAGCUCUGACGAGCUGCAUGCCUACCUUACACACUGUCGACCAGACCUGUGUAUACUAGAGGGAGCGGAGGAGGAGGGAGAGGCAGACCGUGACGAAGAGGAGUUUGUACUAAUUGAGGAUAAAGAUGAGGAGGAGGAGGAGGAAGAGGAGGAUGAAUUGUUACAGAGGCACCGCAGCUCAGGGGACGACUGGGAGAUGGUGUUGAUGGAGGAGAGCGGGGACAAGCCCACCCUGGUCAUAGACAGGGACCCUGAAGGACUCAAUAAUAUUGUGGAGAACAGCCACAUAUUGGAACCCUCACAUGUCAGAGAGCUUUGUAAGGAGCUGCCCCCCAGGACAGUCGGCCAUACCUGGCAGCUGGCUUACAGCACAUCUCGUCAUGGUGCCAGCCUCAAGUCCCUCUACCGAAAACUCAGUGCCACAGACUCCCCUGUGCUUAUCGUCAUCAAGGAUGCACUUGAUGAGAUAUUUGGGGCGUUCCUCUCACACCCACUGAGGCCCAGCGAGACGUUCUAUGGCACAGGAGAAACAUUUCUCUUUAUGCUGCAUCCUCGCUUCAAGAGCUUCAGGUGGACUGGAGAGAAUUCCUUUUUCAUUAAAGGAGACUUGGACUCAUUUGCCAUUGGUGGCGGCAGUGGUCACUUUGGUCUGUGGCUGGAUGAGAAUUUGUAUCUGGGCCGCAGCAGCCCCUGCUACACUUUCAAUAACUGCUGCCUCUCGGAAACUGAUGACUUCCGAGUCAUGGAGCUGGAGGUGUGGACAUUCAGCUGAGGAGACUGGAAGACCUCCAAGUUUCUCCUUGACUCACCUUGUCGCUGCUGAUCAGCUUUGUCAAGACAGCAUUUAUCCCUAAGCAAAAUACAUGCGGCUUAAAUGUCAAAAAUCAA